CGCUGAGCCGCCGUGCGGGACGGGCCUGGGCCCCGCGUGCUCGGCCGCCGACCGCGGCUGCGGGGGCUCCCACCCUCGGCGCGCAGCGGCAGGGAGCGGCCCGUGAUCUGCCCGGGGUCCCGUGAGCAUGGCCCAGCCCUGCGCCGCGGCCCUGCUGCUCUGGGCGGGCCUGGGCCUGGGCCUGGGGCAGCAGUUCCCCUUCCAGGACCCUUCCCUGCCUUGGGACCAGCGGCUGGACGACCUCGUGGGCCGGCUGAGCCUGGAGGAGAUGGUGCUGCAGAUGGCAAGAGGUGGUGCUAGGGGCAACGGGCCAGCACCGGGCAUCGAGCGGCUGGGCAUCCAGCCCUACAACUGGAACACGGAGUGCCUGCGGGGCGAUGGGGAGGCCCCGGGCUGGGCCACUGCCUUCCCCCAGGCCCUGGGGCUGGCUGCCUCCUUCAGCCCGGAGCUGAUCUACCGCGUGGCCAAUGCCACAGCCACCGAGGUGAGAGCCAAGCACACCCAUUUCAUGGCCAUGGGCAAAUACAGUGACCACACAGGCCUCAGCUGCUUCAGCCCUGUGCUCAACAUCAUGCGCCACCCACUCUGGGGCCGCAACCAGGAGACAUACGGGGAGGACCCAUUCCUGAGUGCAGAGUUGGGGGCAAGUUUUGUGCAGGGGCUGCAGGGCCCCCACCCACGGUACGUCAAGGCAAGCGCAGGCUGCAAGCACUUCAGCGUUCAUGGGGGGCCUGAGAACUUGCCUGUGUCCCGCUACAGCUUCGACGCCAAGGUGGGGGAGCUGGACUGGAGAACAACCUUUCUGCCCCAGUUCGAGGCCUGUGUCCGUGCCGGCUCCUACAGCUUCAUGUGCAGCUACAACAGGAUCAACGGGGUACCGGCCUGUGCCCAUGAGCAGCUGCUGAUGGGGAUCCUGCGUGAGGAGUGGGGCUUCCAGGGCUAUGUGGUGAGCGACGAGGGUGCCGUGGAGCUGAUCCUGCUGGGCCACCACUACACACACAGCUUCUUGGAGACGGCUGUCGCCGCAGUGAAUGCUGGCCUCAACCUGGAGCUGUCCUACGGCUUGCGGAAGAACAUCUUCACCCUCAUACCAGAGGCCGUGGCCCAGGGCAACAUCACCAUGGAGACAGUGAAGGCGCGAGUGCGGCCACUCUUCUACACGCGUCUGCGGCUGGGGGAGUUUGACCCACCUGAGAUGAACCCAUACCGUGCACUGGGCAUGGACACUGUGCAGAGCCCAGCCCACCAGGCCCUGGCACUGGAGGCUGCCAUCAAGACCCUGGUGCUGCUGAAGAAUGCGGAAGACACGCUGCCCCUGCGGGCCCAGGACCUGGCAGGCGGGCGCAUUGCUGUGGUCGGCCCCUUCGCUGACAGCCCCCAUGUCCUGUUUGGGGACUAUGCGCCCGUCCCAGACCCCCGGUACAUCGUCACUCCCAGGAGGGGCCUGGAGGCACUGCCAGCCAAUGUCAGCUUUGCGGCUGGCUGUCGUGAACCACGGUGCCUACACUACGUGCCCGCUGAGGUGAAGGCAGCCGUGCGGGGGGCCAACGUUGUCAUUGUGUGCCUGGGCACAGGGAUUGACGUGGAGUCGGAGACGAAAGACCGGAGGGACCUGGCUCUGCCUGGGCACCAGCUGCAGCUGCUGCAGGACGCAGUGGCCGAGGCUGCCGGACGCCCCGUCAUCCUGCUGCUCUUCAACGCCGGGCCCUUGGAUGUGAGCUGGGCCCAGACCCACCCCAGUGUGCACGCCAUCCUCGCCUGCUUCUUUCCAGCACAGGCAGCUGGCACUGCUGUCACCAAGGUGCUGCUGGGCCAGGACGGGGCCAACCCGGCAGGGCGGCUCCCAGCCACGUGGCCAGCUGGCAUGCACCAGGUGCCAGCGAUGGAGAACUACACCAUGGUGGGGCGGACGUACCGGUACUACGGGCCAGAGCCCCCGCUCUACCCCUUUGGCUAUGGCUUGUCCUACACUUCCUUCCACUACCGGGACCUGGUCCUGGAUCCCCCCACCCUACCUGUCUGUGCCAACCUUAGCAUCUCCGUGGUGCUGGAGAACAGGGGGCCACGGGAUGGCGAGGAGGUAGUGCAGCUGUACCUGCGCUGGGGCCGCCCGUCGGUGCCGGCACCGCGCUGGCAGCUGGUGGGCUUCCGCCGGGUGCCCCUGGGUGCGGGCCAGGCGGACAAGCUGCUCUUCGAGGUGCCCCGAGCCCGGCGCGCUGUCUGGGCAGGCCAGUGGCUGCUGGAGCCGGGACCCUUCACCCUCUUCGUGGGCGGGCAGCAGCCGCAGCAGGCCCGGCGCGCCAGCUCUGCCGUCCUGCGGGGAGACUUCACCGUGGCCGGGGCGGCCCGGGCCCUGGCGCAGUGCUAGGGCGGCGGGGCGAGCCGGGCCGGGGCACAAUAAAAGCGGCGGCCGGGCCCUCUGUGUGGCUGCCUGGAGCCCG